AUGUCUGGUGUCAUCACGAAAACGGUUCCAUUAAUUGUUAUUUUUACCAUGUUUCGCACUAAGUUGAUAACAAACACAUCAACAUAUUUAAAGAAAUAUUUCCUACAGGCAAGGGCUACGGAAAAAUUGCGACCAGCAAUUGAUGACGUGGAUUGCUUUCUUGAAUGUGACUCUACAGCGCUGUCUGUAGGCGAGUUAGAUAGUAAGCCUAUUGGAACAUGUGCUGUAUUCAAAUAUCAGGACGGUUAUCGGCACGGUGGAGCGUAUUUCAUUGAACAUAAUUAUCGAAAGUAUGGAUACGGAGCACAGUUAAUUAUUGAAACCAUUAGAAAAUCAGAACCAAUUACAAACUUAUCUGCUUAUGCACCUCUUCGUAUGGUUGAGACGUACAAGAAGUUUUAUGGCUUACAGAUCUUGCAUGUUUGCGAGAUUCAUGAUAUUAAUUCAAUCACUGCUUUGAAGAAUCUGCAAGGGAUUUCCAUGGAUGCGUCAUAUCAUGUUAAGCAAGUUUCAGAUGUAGAUUUUGAAACCUUGUGUAACUACGAUAAGUUCACAUUUGGUUAUAAUCGUCAGCCAUUCUUAUAUAAAUGGCUGUAUUCACCAGCGAGUCACUCGUGUGUUGCUUUAAAUAAUCAAGGGUUUAUUGUUGGUUAUGUUGUUGCGCGGGAAUUGGUAGUUCCUAACGAAGGCUAUAAGGUUGGACCACUGUUUUGUGAAAAUAUUAACAUAGCACAAGUUCUUCUCCAGUCAGUAUUUAAACAAAUCAACGAACAAGGCACGUCAACAUCCAAUUCCGUUCAUAUUUCUUGUCCGGUUGAUCGAGAUCUCCAAGUGCGCCAACUUUUGAAAAUCUUAGACAGCAGUCACGUUCAAACCAUUCCAUUUAUGGCAAACAAUGAUCAUCUGAAGGGACGUAUUGAUAAGUGGUUUGCAAUUACUUCAUUUGAAACUGGUUGA